AUGACAAACACCACGAACGGCAUGCUUCCACCAUUUUUAGACCAUGUCAUCGACUUUCCCGACGCAUCAUAUGGACUGUUAGAGCCCAUUACUGAGUUACGGAGUUGCCACGAUGGUGUCCCUGCUGAAAGCCGCAUCCUCUUCACUUGCCGGCAAACGAAACCCGAGGGCGAGACCGAGGAUGCCAUCAUGAAAAUAAAAGUCCAGAUACCCGGCGGUGACCGCCGACCAAGCAACGACCCCCAGCCCGGCCCCAGCACCACCACAGCCGAGGAGCUCAAGGUCUUAAAGGUCUUUGCGGACGCCCAAGCCUCAUCUGUUCCACGGCUCCUGGCGUCUAAGCUCUCGCGGCAGGGCCCCUCGGGACCGUUGCCCGACGGCUACAUUACCUACACGGUCAUGACCAAGAUGCCAGGCCAGCCCGUCUUCAACCAGAAGUACUGGGAGAAAAGCGACGCCGAGCGUACCGAGAUAGGGGAGAAGUUUCUGCAUGCUCUCCGGUCGGUGUAUGCGUUGGGCAUCGAGCCGGCGGACUGUGGGCUGCGAAAUGUCAUGUGGGACGCUGAGACCAAGACGUGCAGUAUCAUUGAUUUUGAGAUUUGGCGGGCCACGGAUCAGUCAAUUGGGGACGAGACCAAGGAGUUGCAGCGUUGGGGGCUAGCCAGGAGGCCGCCGUCCAAGGAUUGGUGGGCCGAGUGGAAUACGCAAGGUCGGUAG